GAAGGAAAAAAAAAACCCUUUACUAUUCUCCUUAUUUGCUUCAUCCUCCCGUUGCUCAUUCCAGAAGUAUUGAUCUAUUCCAACCAUUAUUCAUCCCUCCCCUGUUCUCUGCCUCCUCUGUUUUUGUUCCAGCAAUCAGCUGUUUUUAUAGCCUUGCUCCCUCUAGAAACCACAGGUUUUAGCCUUAACCUUCAAGAGUCGCAAUUCCCAAAAGAAUCAAUCAGUUCCCACCAUUAAUUCUACAGUCCUUUGAAGUUUCAGAUACCAUCCAUAAUAUAAAUAAAUAAAUAAAUUCAGUCAGCUGGGCUUCUUUCUAGUCCGCCUUACCGAAUCCUCUGUUUCUAUUCCAUCCUCCCACUGUUUACCUUACUCUGUUCACUACACUCCCCUGUUUUAUUCUUUCUCUGUUCCUUCAAAAAUGAGAAUUUCCACUUCUUCUUGGAUGGCACUUCUGAUCACUUCCGCGGUAAUCUUCUCCGCUGCCGCCGCCGCCGCCUCUGCUGUUCUUCAUCUGGAGAGAAUGAUUCCUCUAAAUUCUUCCGUGGUUGCUGUGGAGCACCACAGAGCUAGGGACCGAGCCAGGCACGCCCGUCUCUUCAUUGGCCUCGUAAAUUUUUCUGUAUAUGGCUCUGCCGAUUCUUUCUACUACGGAAUUUAUUUCACGAAAGUGAAAUUGGGCACUCCCGCCAAAUAUUUCAAUCUCCAGAUUGAUACGGGGAGUGACCUGACUUGGCUCAACUCCAAGUUCUGCCCGACGUGUCCGCGCUCAAGCCGAUUCGGGAUCGAGCUCAAUCCGUAUGAGGCAGCAGCUUCUUCCACUUCCAAACCCAUUUCUUGCUCGGACAAGAUUUGUGCUGCUGUUGCUCCACGGAAUACAACUCGAUGUCCGAGGAAAGACCAACUCUGUAGCUACGCAAUGGAGUAUAUGGAUAGGGCGACGACAUCAGGAAAUUACGUGGCGGAUAUGUUUCACUUCGAAUCAGUUCGGUCGGGCUCAGAGACUCCUAACGCCUCAGCAGCGAUCCUAUUCGGUGUCAGCACCUACCGGUCCGGUGUCUUGGCUGAGACAAUCCUAGCUGUUGAUGGCAUUUUCGGAUUUGGAAAAGGCAAUCUGUCCGUUCUCUCUCAGUUAUAUUACAGAGGGAUCACACCUCGAGUUUUCUCCCACUGUUUGAAAGGAGAGGGAACUGGAGGUGGGGUUUUUGUACUUGGAGAGAUUACAGCUCCAGGGAUGGUGUAUACCCCACUCGUCCCAUCACAGCCCCAUUACAGCUUACACUUGGAGAGCAUUGCAGUUGAUGGACAGACGGUACCAGUUGAUCCUCUAGCCUUUACACCAUCGGCUGAUCGUGCAACAUUUAUUGAUACCGGAACAACAUUGUCGUACCUUGUUGAAGAAGCAUACGAUCCAUUUGUCCACAGUGUUAAUGCUGCGGUAUCAAAAUUCGGGACUCCUAGAAUGAAAAAUGGGUACCUUUGUUACCCAAUCAGUUCCAGGCUAUUUCCUCCAGUAAGCUUGAACUUCGCCGGCGGCGCUUCUAUGCUACUAAAACCCGAGCAGUACCUUGUUCUUUAUGACGAUGGCAGUAUGUGGUGCAUAGGUUUUAGGAAGCUUCAAGGACUAACCAUUUUAGGAGAUCUUGUUAUCAAGGACAAGAUUUUCGUGUACGAUUUGGUUCGUCAACGGGUUGGAUGGGUCGAUUAUGACUGCUCGUCAUCAAUGAAUAUCUCGGUUUCUAGCGAAGACUUCUUCAAUCCGAAGCAGUCAAGUUCGAGCAGCUCCUCAAGAGACUUGCUCUUCCAGUUACUUACCAUAGCCAUCGUCACUGUAAUCUUAUCCAUUUAGAGCAUGUCACUUAGAUUACCAUAUCAUUGAUUCACUACAAACUGGAAACCAGAAAAUAGUUCUGGUGCCUUUCCUUUUUGACAAGUUACAGCUAUUUAUCUCCCUUCCCUCUGCUUCCUCGAAAUUGAACCAAGUGCUUAUAAGUUGUAAGGCUGAACCAUCAAAUUUGCACUAAUCAUUUUGUCAUUGGAGUCAACUGGACAUUUGGUUGAUGGAUUGUGAUUUGUGAAACACUUCCAUUCAGUCCCCGUUGUCUUCAACUAUUGUGUCUGAAGUUGAGGUUUAGGCAAUUUUUCUUAAUGUACAUUGGUGAAGAACUAUGAACUCUUCUGAAAUGGAGCAAUUAGUGUUAUAUCUCACAGAAAAUGAAGGGAAGGGAGAGCAGAGCUUUUGAAUUGGAGAAAAUUACACAGCAGAGAGUUAGUAACUCUUUACCAUAUAUUGAUGCAAAAUUUCUUACCAAAUAUUCAGAUUACGUUUCUUUCUAAUAUUUUUUGGAUUACUGAAUUCUGAUUUUAUUUUACAUUCAUUCUGCUAUGUAAUGUUUAGAAUUUCUCUUUCUAAAUGUGUCAUAAACCUAAUUGUUAAGCUAGGCAAGGUAAUAAUGAAAAAAAAAGGUAAGGUAAUCAGAUCUUGUGUAGAAGGGAAUCAUUAAAAAUUAAAAUACUGUUGUUUUACUUGAUGGAAAUCAUUUAACACUUUCCAAAAUAUUAAACAAAAAUCAUAAUAAACCAAAUCCUCCUACCCUUAUCUUCUUCCUAUAUAAACUAACAACUUGAUAGCUUCAGUAUCUCAUUCCUUGUGGAUUAAAAUUUUAAAAGAGGAGUCUUCCUAAAAAAAAGUUCAAAAGAGAAGAACCGAUACACUCAUCAAGUGAGAAAAGAUAUCCAAGCAUCAUGAAUAUGUCUUAUUUCAAAUUGUUGAUAUGUAUCAUACUGUUGAUUGUUACUGUUCCUGGUAUGUAUAUUAUUGUUUUUCUUGAAUGAUUAGACAUGGAGUUCAAUGCUUUUGUUUUUCUUGUUAUUAUGAAUUAACACAAUCAAGAGAAAUUUAUCUCGAAUAAAUCAAACUUAUAACUAAAAUAACAUUUGGGUACGUACCGCAGGUGAGAAGAAGAAUAGCUUUGCAUUUCAAGGAGGAUGUCCAAGCGCACCGUGUAGAUCUAAAAAAGACUGUUUUCCCCCACACUACAUCUGUGACUUGGCUUUGCAUCUCUGCAUCUGCAACAAUACAAAACCAGUAACGAAUAAUGCAAACCAUAUUGUCCAAACUUCCAAGCUAACAUGAAGAGGGGAAUUGGGAAUAUGCAUAUUCAUAUUGAAUAAAAGAAAUGGAACCAAAUAAUCAAUGCAAAAUUUUCUUUGUAAGGCAAUCAAAUCAUAUAUGUGAAUUUUAAAGCUGUCGCUUUUCUUUCUUUGUAAUGUGCUCUGCUCAUAUCUCGAUUCUCGAGUUACUACUCUCCAAAUUUGUGAAUCUAUGAAACAAUGUCAAUUAUGUUGGUUUUGGUACCACUUAUAAAAAAUCAGAAACGUA